CCUGAGCAGCAGAAAUGUGUCCCCGGGAAGAAAUUUGAAGUUGGACGCGGUGCUCUACGUAACUUCCGGUAGCCACUCCAGCGCAUGGCGGCUCUAGGACAUCCUCUUCCGGAGGUGCCAGCAGCCUCGCGCCCGGUUAGUGCCCGUGCGCGCCGCAAAUCCCGGCGUCCCGGCCCAGUUCCCGGAGCCCCGAAUCCUUCUGUCUCCUUCAGUUCAGAACAACUCGAGGGCACUGACGUCGCCUCCAAGGUGCACCCCGUUGGCAGUGAAGGCGACGCAGUCUCGAGAAAACAGAAGAAGAAAGCCCAGAACAGAACCUCUGUGUCGAAUGGAGGCGAGAAGGCUCCGGGGAGGCCCGCCCCCGAGGAUGCCCCACCAAGCGCUGAGGCACAGGCAAGGGCAGAGCAGCUGGCCCGGGAACUGGCCUGGUGCGUGGAGAAGUUGGAGCUUGGCCUCAAGACGCAGAGACCCACCCCAAAACAGAAAGAGGAGGCUAUUGGAGCAAUCCGAACCCUGCGCAGUCAAAAAACUCCCUUGCCCCGGAAGAGACAGCUAAUGCACUCCUUGUUUGGGAACUACAGGGCUCAGAUGGAGGCUGAGUGGCUAGAGGCACUGCGAAAUCUCAGGGCAGCUGCUCAUGCAGCCCAGGUGCAGCCUGUAGGUGAGUCCGCCAGAAAGAAGAGCGGAAGAGUCUGCAGGCCUCGUCCAGGAGGGAGAGCCAAGGCCACCCUUGAUACUCCUGAUGAAGAGUUUAGGUUCAAUUUCUUUUAGCCUCCUCCCCAUCUUGGAACAGUUUUCACAUGGUAGGCUGUCCAGGUUUUAUUUUGAGAGCAGCAUCUUUCCAGUAACUCUGUCAGUGUAUGUGGAGUUGCCCUGUCUGUGGUUGGUCUAUGGAUGUGGGUCUAUGGCAUUUGGGCAGAUAUGAGACUGUCCGAUGAGCACAUGAUCCCAUUUGUAGGUUUUGUGAUGAAAUGUCCCUCUAACAAAAAGAGACAAAGGUGCAUUUAUAAAAUCUACAAUAAGGGCCAGGGAGAUGGCUCAGUAAAAUUGCAAGGGCCUGAGUUCAAUCCCUGGUUCUGUAAAAAAAGAAAAAGAAAAAUCUACAAUAAGCUUAAAUGUGUGUUGUAUGAAGAAAAUAGUACUCAUAAUCCAGGAUUUAAGUAGCUGACAAUGAUGAGGUUUUGUGGGAAAGCUCUGUGAUUAUACAUUGGACUCAUAUUUGAAAGGAUACCUUGUUCAUUUGCUGGGCAUGGUGGCACACACCUGUAAUCCUAGCACUUGGGAGACUGAGGCAGGAGGAUUGUUGCAAGUUCAA